AUGUAUAACCCUGUUCGUACAGAUUCUGCAAAUUGGGCUGCAAAAGCUGAAAUUUUUGAAAAAUAUUCCCGUAUGAUGGUUCUUUUACAGCUUGCGAAGCAGGGUUGGAGCCUUUAUAAGGGUCAUUGGUACCGCUUGUUUUACGAAAAGCUACAAUGGCCAGAUGCCGAGCAAUACUGCAUCGAAUACGGCGGACAUCUCGUGAGUAUUCUAAGUGAGGAAGAGAAUCAAUAUGUCGACAAACUUAGACGAAGUAUUUAUCAUUAUUAUACAUCAAUAAUAUUAUUAUUAUACAUUUUUCGACACAACAGCACACUGAAGAUAUUGUGCUGCAAAACAUCGCCGUAA